UUCGUAAUUAAGAAAGGCAGCGAACGAAGGCCCCGUUCCUGGUACAAGUAAAACCUGAGAGUAAGAGAAGCAAGAUAUUCGUGAAUUCGGAAAUCGAAGCCAAAAGCUCAAGCUUAAUCGCGAAUCAGAUAUGGCCUUGCAAUGGAUGAUAAUCGCUUACGUAGUUGCAGCGGAGGCGGCAAUAGCGGUGCUUUUGACUCUCCCUUCGCCGAAGCUCUUGAAGACCCGAUUGGUCUCCCUCGUCUCUCUGAUCCUCCAGCCUGCGCUGUUUAUCAUCCCUUUCACCGGAUUCCAGCUAUUAGAUAUUUACUGGAAGAAUGAGCACCGCCUGAUGUGCACCUCGGAUGUCUGCACUGCUGCUGAGAGAGAUCGAUACGAAAAGGCUAUCUACAAAGCUCAAAGGAAUGUUGUUCUGUGUGCUUCGGCAUGCUUUCUCUACUGGUGCAUCUUUCGGAUUUGCAAAUAUUACAAAGACAUCGAAAGGUUGGAGGAACUAGAGAAGAGGUACAAGGAGGAAUAGAUUCUCUUGCAAUAGUUUCUUUGAAUUUGAUCUAGAUGAUUGAGUUGAACCAUGGUUUACAUUGUAUCAGAAACUAAUAUUAUGUUGUUGUGGAGUAUUUUUGAAUUUAGAGUUGUAUUUUGGAAGUGCAUUAGUGAUUAGUAUGUGACGUCCUUUUUUUUUCAAUAAUCUGUGAGCUACGUAUAGGCAAACUUGUAUUCUGCGCUUUUAGUUUCUUGCGUUCUAAUUCU